CCUACAGCCGCUGAACUACAAGUGAACAUAAAUCCUCCAACAAAAAUGGAAGUCCUGAAUGCCACAAAGCUACUGAAAUGUGGGAAAGCAACAGGACUAGAUGGGAUCCCACCAGAAACACUGAGAACAGACGCAGAGACAACAGCGGACAUGCUCACACCACUAUUGCAGAAGGUGUGGAAGGAAGAGAAGGUACCUGGCGAUUGGAAGAAGGGUUACCUUGUCAAACUGCCGAAGAAAUGAGACCUCAGUGUUUGCAGGAACUGGCGCGGAAUCAUCUCCUGUCCACCAGGAGCAAGCAAAACAUUAAACCGCAUCAUCCUGGAGAGGCUAAAGGAUGCACUGGAUUCAAAACUACGACCGGCAUAGGCUGGCUGGCUGGAUUCUGGAAGUACAAAUCAUGUGCAGACCAAAUUGCAACGCUACACCACGCAUCAUCAUUGAACACAGUAUAGAAUGGCAGUCAAGUCAACUUCAUCGACCUUGAGAAGGUCUUCGACAGCGUCG